AUGGCAAAGUCAGCAACAGACAAGGAGGACAAACCAAAGCGCGCACCAAGCGCAUACAACCUCUUCGUACAAGCUCAUAUGAAAGAAUGGAAGGAGGCACAUCCCGGUGCACCCAUCAAAGAAGCCAUGACCGAGAUUGCAGCAAUGUGGCGGGAAGCACCCGAGAAUCCAAAUCGUGGCAAGGAGCCAAAACCCAGAAAGCCAAAGGCUGCAGCUGGCGCACCUAAAGCUAGCCGCAAGAAGAAGCAGACCCCACCACCGUCAAGUGACGCCGAGAAUACCGGCGAGGUCAGCGACGAUUAG